AUGUGGAUCUAUUUUCAGAGAACAUAUCGGUUCCAUUCGGUGGCACUCGCCCGUUUGUUUAUCUUGCAAAUACGACGUAUUUAUGGCAAAAUUGUUCACAGUCAAAGCACUAAGCAAGUCAGCUCACGACUCUUAGCUGACCGUAAAGUAGCACAACCAGUCGAAAACGAUGAACAGUCUGCCAUUAUCAACAAAAAGAUUCAAGCUGAACUUGAGGAGCUGCAUAAAUCACCUAGUGUCGAUAGUGUUGCGAUGCUGGCAGUGCCACUUCAAAGUAAGCACUUUAUAAUGGAUCGUCUUUGA